UUCAUACCUCCAUGUGCAGCUGCAGAACAAGGGAACAGUCAUGUUGUCCAGCUCCUGAUCAACAACAAUGCCAUGGUGGACAUACGUGAUCUUUCAGGAGCCACCCCUUUACACAGAGCUGCGUUCCAUGGGCAAGAAGAUGUUGUGAAUACGCUGCUUUUGAACGGAGCAGACCCGAACGCUCCAGAUGCCGAUGGCCUCAGCCCCAUGCACAUCGCAGCAUGGAUGGGGCAAACCCAAAUCUUUGAGCAACUCUGGAUGGGUGGAGGGCAGCUCAACACGUGCAGCAACGACGGGGAGACGCCUCUGCAUGUUGCC